UUCCCACCCAGGUUUCCCCUUAAAUUGGCUUGCUGAGCGCCGGCCAACAUUGUGUGGGGAGCAACGGUUUGGAAGGCCGGCGUGCAUUGGGAGUUGCUAGGAAACGCAUUCCUGCAGCGCCAGGCGGGCUGGAACACAGUCGGGAGGUGAGGAGACCUGCCCACUCGUAUGUUUAUUUGUUUUGCUUUGUUUUUGGUGCUGAUGGUGGGCAGAGGAGAAGGAGGAGUGGAAAACAAACGGAGGGGGAAGCAAGAGUGACGGUGGGCGGGGUGGACAGGAAGCCGGCUUGACAAGCGAGGAAUUCAAAGUUCCAGUCUGGGUCGGGAGACGAGACGAGACGGACGCUAGCAUGGACACUGUGGCCAAGAUGUCAGUUGAGGCGAGUGCAUCAAAUGCAGCUGUGUGUCUCGUUUGUAAGGACGGCUGCUCUGGUUUGCAGCCACAUUCUUGGAGAAAAGCGUGCGUGGCGUGCGUCUGCAGCACCGUGGACCACGCCCCCGGUAGCCAUGCCGAUGACGACCGGCGAAUGGGACGCCUGCUGGUCGACUCACCCUGUGCCCACCUGACGGCCAAGGUGAAAGGGGGCGGCGGCCUUCGCCUGUACAAGAGGAACCGCAUGAUUGUCACCAAUCCGGUGGUGUCACGCAAGGACCCCACGUUCAGCACCACCACCUAUGAUUGGGCGCCCUUCGGCCUCAACCAGAAGCUGGCCAAGCAGUACAUGGAGCUGAUUCCGGAGUGCCAGCGUCCCAUCUCCGGGACCGGGGGAGCAGUGCUACGUCGCAGGCAACUCCUCGGACAGCUCCCCGCCUACGACCAGGACCCCAUGACAUGUCAGAGCCUGGCCGGCGACGACGAGGUGUCCGCCAUGCUGCUUUUUGUGAAGCGCUACAAACUGGAGGCGCUGGGCGUGGGUGAGGUAGCGUUGCCCGGUGACAGCGAAGCCCUGAGGGAGGCGGCAAGUCAGAGGGAAGCCAAUGAGCAAAACCAUGGCGACCAGUCCAACCGCACCCCUGAACAGCCCAGCAAUGGCCCAGAGAACAACACGCAAUACCGUUGCUCAAAUUGCGGCGGCGACGUGGCGUCGGACAGCCCGGCGGUUUUUGCCGAGCGCGCCGGUUACGGCGCCGCCGCCAUGUGGCAUCCCGCCUGCUUCACGUGCGCCGAGUGCGGCCAGGGAUUGGUGGACCUGGUCUACUUCUGGUCCGACGGGAGGCUGCUGUGCGGACGACAUUACUGCCAGAGCAUCAGGCCGCGCUGCUCUGGCUGCGAUGAGCUGAUCUUUGGCGAGUCUUUCCACUUGGCACAAGAUGGCAGCGCGUGGCAUCAUCAUCACUACUGCUGCUGGAGAUGUGGACAAAGCCUGGACACCCCCUGCCACCACUGACGCACGCACGCACGCAAAGGACAGGUUAGGACAGUGGUACCUUGAUUUCCACUUACCCUCUUUUGAGGGGAAAUCAGAGAGGCUGAACUGGAAUAUCGGUCAGUCAAGGUAUAACUGUCCACACUUCAUGCAUGUUGCUUAGUACGAGUGGUGUCUUUCAAGUUUCCAAGCGCUUAACAAGACUUUUAUUGUGGAGUGGACGCGCUUGGCUGAUUUAUCGGCUCGUAAAUUGCAGACAGAGUGACGUGAUCCAGAUGUGAGCGCUCGCCUUUGGAGAUGUUUAAAUGAGCUCAUAUUUGACAUUCAAGCUUGCCAGACAGGACAGUCUCUGACAAGUGAAUCGCACGGGGACAAUCGCAAAGUGGCUCGUUGUGGCUCGCAGACGUGGCAUCUGUAAAGCUGAUGAUUGCAAAGUCGACUCAAGAGUUAAAGCAUUUGAUUUUCAUGUUAUUUUGUAAA